CUGACGUCACUUCUGCUCCGUUCAGGCGGGCUGUUUGAGAGCUCGGGGGACCGACAUACCUCACGUUAAGCUUGUGUAACUAAAGUUUUAUAGUUUACGGAUAGUCCAGUUUACGGAUAGUUCACAAAAAGUGACACCUUAACUUUGUUAUCGUGUGGAGAUCGAAAGCCUUCACGCAGCUGGAGGGAGUAGUAGUGUUGAUUAGCCGUAUCAAUGCGGUUAUUGUUAGCUGACUAAAAAGCGAGCUAUGGACCGACCAUCUAGGAAGACAAAGACUGUGAAUUACUGUGAGACCAAGGACUUCGAUGAUGAUGAGGAUUUUGCCUGUGUGAAGGCCCCACCCAGCAAAAAGGUCAGGGAGGAUGUGAAACAAGAACAGAAGAAAUCAUUAAGCAAGUCCUCCAGUCAAGAGGCCACCUCACAAUCAAGCCAGAAGAACAGAAAGCCACUGGACGAAAAGCUGUAUGAGAGGGAUCUCGAAGCAGCCAUCACGCUCUCCAUGCUCAAUAAUGCAGGUGAAGUGAAGGACCAGUCUCAUGUCAGUAGAGGAGAUGUCAAAUUUCCAGUAGAUGAAAACACAGAUCCAGCUUCUCUGCUCCUGUCCAACUGCAGUGUGGAUGGUGCAGUUAUGGGUUUGGACAAAAUCACAUCAGAGAAAGGGUCGCCUGCCCCUGCCAGGCAGAGAAAGGCUGCCUACAAAGCUACUGAGGAGCUGAAAAACAAGGAUGGUGAUGAUGAUGAUGAUGACUAUCAACCCAAACUGACACCAGAUUCAGAAAGCGAUGAAGAUUUCAGUGAACCAUCUGAGAGCGAAGAUGACGAGUUCAAAGUAAAGAAAGCAAGCAAGACUAAAAAGAAAGAAAAAGCAACAAAGAGUGAAAAAAACAAACAGAUUCUUGCUUCUAAAAAAGAAAAGCAACCAUCAAAACCAUCAAAGCCUAAAUCGCAAGCAGCAGCUUCUACCCCAGUGACAACACCUCCAACGGCCAAACCUGCCUCUAAAAGACCUGCGUCAUCCUCCACAGGCUGCACAUCGAAGCAUGCAGCCUCCCUGAGCCCAGCAGCCUCCCUGAGCCCAGCAGCGGGAAGAAUGCCCAAGUGGAACCCACCAGCUCAAAUUGGAAAAAGUCCCUCCACGUCCCAGAGUCCAGCAGUGAAGUCUCCCGGUCAGGGUCUGCGGCUCGGGCUCUCCCGCCUCGUUCGAGUCAAACCUUUGCACCCUAGUGUUGCAAGCCACUGACUGAACUGACCUCAGAGGUCAGGUCAUGUUGUGUUUUUAAAGUUUUCAGUUAUUUUUACGCAGAGACUUCUAAAUAUUAAUUUCUAUUAGUGUGAUACAAAAUGCACAAUACUGAGAGGGUCUUCACCUUGAAGCUGAUGGAGCUUAAGGGUGUCCUCUUACCCCUGGAUGCUGUUUGAGGUUAAAUUCUGAAAGUGUGAGUUCAUGUCUGAAGUGUCACUUUUCUUUUCUUUUCUUUUUUUUUUCUUUUUUUGGUCCUGAAUUGUUACCUGACAUGUUACCUCCACUCAAAGCACAUUUUUUGUAAAUCUUGUACAUACAUUUAAAUAAACAUAUAGAAACAGGUUACAUGCGUAUGCUAUCUUUCCACACUUGUUAACUUUUUUUCUAAAACUGCACACAUUUAGCCAAAAAUGACUGACAGAGCGCCUCAUAACCUUUUACAUAAUCCUCUAGAAAUGCCUGUGCAUCAGUCGUGCAUCAUUACAAGUUAGUACCACUGUAUUAUUUAUGGCUACAGCAAGCUGGAAUAUCUUUUGAAAAUCAAUGUCAUAUAUUUACGAUAAACACUGCCUGCAUUGUGAUAAAAAUGUUGUUUGUAAUUCCUUAAUUCCAUUUGCAGUUAUUUUGUUUCACUAGAUGCAUAAAAAGAAAGUACUUUAUUGCUUUACAGGCUGCUGGAUCAGCAAACUUCCAAAACCUCUUUUAUAGAGGUGCUUACCGGUACAUUAAUUAAGUGCAGCUUCUACUUUCCCUCUUACUUACUUUGAAUAAAUAAGAGUGUACUACUGUAUGGUUUCACAUGACUAUUGUUCCCAAACUGUAUUUUAUCCUCAUCCUCUGCCAUCCACUCACAAAUGUGCUUGUUGAUAAUUGUCUGUGCACAUGCAUCAUUGUUACAAAGGUCACCACAGAAAGAGCAUAACUCUUCUGCUGCCAGCAAACUACUUACUAGUAGCAUAAAAUGCAACACUUAUCUCAAGGUUUAACCCUGAAACAAAGCACAGCACUAUAGCUCUACUAAUUGACCCAGCCCUUAUACUUUGGAGGCUGAUUCCCGAGUGGAGCCUGGCUCCUUGGGGAAAAUGAGUGUCGGCUGAGCUCAACAGCGAGGCAACACACACUCAUACAAUGUGCAGGCCUGCUAGGGCAAUAACAAACAGUCACGUGUCAGUGCCUCUGGGACUCUGAGAAUUAUGGCUGAAAAGUGAAUACACAAAGGUGGAUAAACUUAACACCUCCAUAAUCUACACACAGGAUGCCUUUCCUAACCUUCCCUGUUCAAUGUUUACCAAAUAUAUUAAGAAGUCUUUAACAUCCAGUAUACCAACCAAACAGAAGCAGUAUUGGCUUAAGUUCGAAUACCAGGAAUUCAAAGGCACAGUUGUAAUACUGCUAUGACAACAAUAAUUUGUAUUCUCUUGUGUGUGGCAGUUUUAACGAUGAAAACUAAACCAAAAAUAAAAAGAAGCAGUGUGUCGAUGAAGCUAGUCACGUGCACAAGUGUAUGGACAAAAUCUGCAGUGCAGUUAAAAUGAAUGAAAAAGCAGCCAAUGAUAAUGAAAUAAAAAUAUCCUUUUU